AUGUCUUUCACGUUGAUCAACUUCGCGUCACUCCUCAUGGACUUCUCCAUUCCAUUUGCUAUUAUCGGCGAUCUUCUCAUCUAUUGUGCUUUCGGGAAAAACACGGCUCUUUGCCCGAUAUUCUUGACAUCUGUGCGGAAUAUUUUACUAAUCAACUUUGAUCUGUAUGCUGAUCAAAUGCUAAUCAAAGAGCCCGCUAAUUUCGGGUUUUUUCGACAAUUUUGGAUUGAUAACGGAUGGUGGAUUGGGAAGAUCAGUUAUGCGAACACGACAGUCUGGCCAACGAUCGUCCUCUGUUUUCAGUUGGUGAUUGCCGUUUCUCGGUUCUGGUGCGUCUGGAGACCGAUCUCCUAUCAGAGACAACAUCAACAGCAACAGCAACCACAACAUCGACACCGACAUCAACAGCAACAUCAACAGCAACAUCAACAUCAACAGCAACAGCAACAGCAACAUCAACAGCAACAGCAACCACAACAUCGACACCGACAUCAACAGCAACAUCAACAGCAACACCAACAUCAACAGCAACAGCAACAGCAACAGCAACAUCAACAGCAACAGCAACAGCAACCACAACAUCGACACCGACAUCAACAGCAACAUCAACAGCAACAUCAACAUCAACAGCAACAUCAACAGCAACAUCAACAGCAACAUCAACAUCAACAGCAACAGCAACAUCAACAGCAACAGCAACCACAACAUCGACACCGACAUCAACAGCAACAUCAACAGCAACAUCAACAUCAACAGCAACAGCAACAGCAACAGCAACAUCAACAGCAACAGCAACAGCAACCACAACAUCGACACCGACAUCAACAGCAACAUCAACAGCAACAUCAACAUCAACAGCAACAUCAACAGCAACAUCAACAUCAACAGCAACAGCAACAUCAACAGCAACAGCAACCACAACAUCGACACCGACAUCAACAGCAACAUCAACAGCAACAUCAACAUCAACAGCAACAGCAACAGCAACAGCAACAUCAACAGCAACAGCAACAGCAACCACAACAUCGACACCGACAUCAACAGCAACAUCAACAGCAACAUCAACAUCAACAGCAACAUCAACAGCAACAUCAACAGCAACAUCAACAUCAACAGCAACAGCAACAUCAACAGCAACAGCAACCACAACAUCGACACCGACAUCAACAGCAACAGCAACAGCAACCACAACAUCGACACCGACAUCAACAGCAACAUCAACAUCAACAUCAACAGCAACAGCAACAGCAACAUCAACAGCAACAUCAACAUCAACAUCAACAGCAACAGCAACAGCAACAGCAACAUCAACAGCAACAUCAGCAGUCGUCCAUUCCCCUGUUAAAAUCCCUU